AUGUUUGGGGGGCAAUUGGUCAGCGGCAAAGAAGGAGUAGAUACGGCUGGGGCGGGCGGGCCUUUGGACCAUGGGAAAGAGGGCCAGGGCAGUCUGGGGCACGAGGGCGGAUAUGCGAUCGGCCUUUUGGGCUCCAGUGUGGCAGGCUGCGCAAGUAUGUGUGUAUUGUGUGUGUGUGGCGCCGAUUGGGAGAAGGUAGGGCGAUGGAUGGGCGAUGGGCAGGUACUGGCCGAGUACGUCUACUUAUCAACGUCGGGCGGUUGGACAUGUGCAGCAGAGGCAGGCGCAUGUUGGUUUGUGGGUUGGGCGUAUGGCAGUUAUCAAGCAAUCUACGUGCAGACAUUGAGCGUGGGACCCGACCCCGCAUACGUGGGAAGCAAAAGGUCCGGGUGGAUUCGGGCCGGGGGCGACAGGUUGAUAACAUCAGAGCCCAAGAGGGUAGAGGUCCGGCCACGUGAGAGGCGGGUCGAGGGCGGUCGAGGUACAGGAACGGCGAGGGUUUAUGGUUGCGGGAGUGGCUGGGGCAAGUGGCUGCCAAGGGCGCAAUGUGCGGUGGUGCAGCCGUGGUGUGGUCUGGCCUGGCCGAGUGUGUACAAGAGGCGGCGAGCGAGGUGUACUCUAGUGGUAGUAGUACUGUGCCAGGUUGGUGAUAGCGUGGUUGGGCAGGCGGGCGGGUCGAUUCACAGGGUCGACGAUUUGUUUGGGUCCUGUCUUUUUUGGAGCGAGGAACCACCAACAGUGCAUAUCCGGGAGCCUCCGCCGAUGGAGUGGUGGGAACGUGUGUGUAUGCAGAUGCUAGAGAGGUACACGUGCGAGGAGUAUGAUGUACGAGGCAAGCAGACGGUACUGAUGAGACCAAGUGCAAAGCGAGUGGGUGGGCGAGACUUGUCGACUAAUAGCAAGCGGCCACGAUGGAGGAGCGGAGGGAAUGGGCCCAAGGCUCGCGGUACGGGGGAGGCGUUCCUACUGGGCGAGUGUGAGGGAUUGGAGCAGCACAGCAGCAGCAGCAGCAACAGCGGCAUGCCAACGUCACCACCGGCCAACCCACACGCAGCGGCUGGCACCGGCCUGACACUCUGCACUGGCACAGGCACUGGCACACACGCAGCCAAUGUCGAUUGCAUUUGCAAACCCACCGUAAAAUCUGCCGCCGUCGGCUGUGCCCGAACCAAACCCCCCCCGUCCCCACGCUGCUGGAGCGGUCGAGUCGUGUGCGGUGUCGGCCAAUGGUGGCGUAGGGCGAAGUGUCGAGGCGUCGCAGCCAGUGGUGCCGUGUGCCUGUGUGGUAAUGUGCCCUUUUCUACUUUGGUAGUUGCUGUGUUCUACGCAUAUGUCGACAUACGUCCGGCACCCAAAGGAGCCGUCUGA